GGAGUGAGUCUGGGCUUAAUUAGGGUUUUUGUGGGGAGAGAGAGAGAAGCCAUGAGUAGAAGCUUAGGGAUUCCGGUGAAGCUACUGCACGAGGCUUCAGGGCACGUGGUGACGGUGGAGCUGAAGAGCGGAGAGCUUUACAGAGGUAGCAUGGUCGAGUGUGAAGAUAACUGGAAUUGCCAACUCGAGAACAUCACCUAUACUGCGAAGGAUGGGAAGGUGUCACAGCUUGAGCAUGUAUUUAUUCGAGGCAGUAAAGUGAGGUUCAUGGUCAUACCGGACAUGCUGAAGAAUGCUCCGAUGUUCAAGCGUUUGGAUGCCAGAAUCAAGGGUAAGGGCUCAUCACUUGGAGUUGGUAGAGGCAGAGCUAUUGCCAUGCGAGCUAAAGCUCAAGCUUCUGGUCGUGGCGCAGCACCUGGUAGAGGUGCAGCUCCUCCUGUUCGGAGGUAGUUUCCUCCUGUUGGGAGCAAUCAUUCCAAUCUAUCAACUUAAGUACUCUCUAACCUACAUAAGUUGCAAGAAGAUGGUUCUUUUACUUUUGUUAUGCUUUGGGGGAAGGAGAAAAUGUAAAAAUGUUGCUGGAUCAUUGAGAAUUGCAAGGCCUUUUGUGUUUGUAUUGAAAUGUCAUAUUUUGGAUUUUGGAUCGAUUCUGCUACGAUAUGAUGGGAUAGUCUUCAUUAAGUGCA